AUGAAUCGCAAGCUGAAGGUUUCGGAUGCCGAAAAGGAAAGGGAUUACGGGUAUGUCUAUUCCGUGUCCGGUCCAGUUAUCAUUGCCGAAAAGAUGAACGGCACUGCCAUGUAUGAGCUGGUGAGGGUGGGCCAUUUAGAAUUGGUUGGCGAGGUAAUUAGAAUCGAUGGCGAUAAGGCAACGAUUCAAGUUUAUGAAGAGACAUCUGGCCUCACCAUUGGAGACCCCGUUUUACGAACUGGGAAGCCGCUUUCUGUGGAACUUGGGCCAGGGCUGUGCUCCAAUAUUUUCGACGGCAUUCAGCGCCCACUUAAGACCAUUCAAGAUAUCUCCAAAACCAUCUACAUCCCUCGUGGUAUUAGAACUGAUGCUCUUGAUCAUUCUCGCGAAUGGGAAUUCAUACCAUCCCCUGAUGUUCAGGUGGGAGAUCGCAUUACGGGCGGAGAUGUCUUUGGAACUGUGAUUGAAAAUACGCUUGUCAUCCAUCAAAUCAUGCUUUCGCCUCGAGACUAUGGAACGAUCACAUUUCUUGCUCCUUCUGGAACAUACACCCUGUCUGAUAUUGUUCUAGAAACAGAGUUUAAUGGCCGCACAACUCAACAUACCAUGAUGCAUCUAUGGCCCGUUAGAACACCUCGUCCAGUUUCUGAAAAGCUUUCUGCAAACUAUCCCUUGCUUACUGGACAGAGGGUUCUCGAUGCUCUUUUCCCGUGUGUGCAGGGAGGAACCACGGCAAUUCCAGGCGCAUUUGGAUGCGGAAAAACCGUCAUCUCCCAAAGUCUUUCAAAAUAUUCGAAUUCCGACCUUAUCGUGUAUGUGGGUUGUGGCGAAAGAGGAAAUGAAAUGGCAGAGGUUUUGAUGGAUUUCCCAGAGAACGGACAAGAGGUGUCUAUCAUGAAUCGAACAACGCUCGUCGCCAACACUUCAAAUAUGCCCGUUGCUGCCCGUGAAGCUUCAAUUUACACCGACCAAGGCAAAAAUGUUGCCAUGAUGGCCGAUUCAACCUCUCGAUGGGCCGAAGCUUUAAGAGAAAUAUCUGGACGUCUUGCCGAAAUGCCAGCAGGUAGACCGGUGAUAGUGGAUAUCCUGCAUAUCUUGGCGCUCGGCUCGCUUCUUUCUACGAACGAGCAGGCAGGGUCUCAUGCAUCGGCAAUCCCCAGCGCGAAGGAAGUGUAUCCAUUGUGGGGGCGUAAGAAAUUCGAUUGCUUACGCUCUAGCGUUUCUCCUCCUGGCGGUGAUUUUUCCGAUCCAGUUACAUCUGCCACUUUGGGGAUCGUUCAAGUAUUUUGGGGGCUUGAUAAGAAGCUUGCCCAGCGCAAACACUUUCCCUCUGUCAAUUGGUCGCUUUCAUACUCAAAGUAUAUGAGAGCUUUGGAGCCAUUUUAUGACGCAGAGUUUCCAGAUUUCAUUGCUCUUCGCACCCGCUGCAAGGAAAUUCUUCAAAUGGAAGAGGAUCUUUCGGAGAUCGUACAGCUUGUUGGAAAAAGCGCCCUCUCCGAGCCCGACAAAAUUACGCUCGAUAUCGCCAAGAUUUUGAAGGACGACUUUUUGCAGCAAAAUGGCUAUUCGUCUUAUGAUCGCUAUUGUCCAUUCUAUAAAACAGUUGGUAUGCUCCAGAAUGUGAUAUUUUUUUACGAGCAAGCAACGACCAGUGUUGCCGCUUCAAGUUCUGCUAUAACGUGGUCCAAAAUCAGAGAAAAGAUGCCCGAUUUGUUGCACAAGCUAUCUUCCAUGAAAUUCGAGGAUCCUGUGGACGGACAGGAUGCGAUCCAGGAACGCUAUCUCAAGCUCUAUAAAGAAAUUGAGGAUAGAUUUCGCCUCUUUUUGGACUAA